AUGGAUGCACAAAACCCUAAAGCAAGCAAGUUUGGAAAUGAAGUCUAUAAGAAGGAGAGAGAGGAGCGGAGAAAUCUGCUCACCUCUUCACACAAAUACAUGUUUGAAAUAAUUGCAUGUGAGCUAUCUUUGACCCCAUCGGCAGUAGAGGAAUUUGUUUUAGAUUCUCCAUCCCUGGCUGCUUUUGAUAAUUUCUUCGCUGCUGGAGGUUGUAAAACGAUCUCCUUUGUCUACCAGGAGUCUGACCCCCCAGGAGUAGAAUGUGGGCGCACACAUCAGGGACUUGCCGCACUGGAAAAAGGACGCAGGCUGUUUUUAGCCGAUUUAAGCAAGACCUGUCUGACCGGCAUCUGCUGCUAUUUUGAUCGAACAGACGUGAACGAUCCUGUGACUCCUGAAAAAAUACAUGAGCAAAUUUGUUUCUCUGUGAUUGAUGCCACUGAGGGCCUCCUAAAAGGAUUAAGGAAUGCCUAUGGAUUUCUGCUACCAAUUCUUGAGGCACAGGACAGCUGGGGUGCAUUGGACCAGUCAAAACAUGGGGAAAAAACAAAAAAGUUGUUCUUGGAUAACUUUAAACAUUUUCUGGGCACGCUUGAUGACCUUCACAUAAGAAACACCAGUGUUGUUCAUUUGAGCAAACCGUCAGGUGUCAACUUUUCCAAACUGACGUGUCUUGAAGAGAUGAAAGCCGCAGCUUCUGACUUUGAGGAAGUGCAGCGACUGGAAGAGAUUCUGAGGCGCUGGUGCAAGGAAAUUGAACAGGUCCUGACUGAGGAUGAUCAGUUGAGGAAAAUAGAUGCUGAGGGACCUCUGAGCGAGUUAGAAUACUGGAAGAAGAAGCACUCAAAGUUCAGCUCCAUCGUCAAUCACAUGAAAAGUGAAGAGUGUAAUGCAGUGGUAAUGGUACUCCAUAUACGCCGUUCCAAAAUGAUAAAGGUGUGGCGGGAUCUGGAUAAGAGGAUAACAGAUCGUGUAAAUGAAUCAAAAGACUAUUUAAAAUUCCUGUCCACACUGGAGAAAGUCUUGCAAGCACUGUAUAACAAUGACCCGGAUUCCCUGAUAAAAAGUGUGCAUAGUCUUGUCAACGCCGUUGAAUUAGUUCACAGAGUACCACUGUUCCGCAACAUAAAUGAAAAGAUGCCAUCACUGUUAAUUAAAGUCACAAAUCAACUGGUUACAGCGUGCAGAGCACACAUUACUGACCAUGGCAAGAGUUUAAUAUGGGAUCAAGAUUCCGAACAGCUCAUGAGGAAAAUGCAGGACUGCAUAACUUUGUUUGAGGCGUAUCGGUCCUUCUUCCAAGAAAAGAAACUAACGGCGAAAUCAGACCAGAAGGAAAAGGGCUUUGUGCUUUCGGAGCGGCAUAUUUUUGGCAUGUUUGAGAACUUCUGUAAAAGACUUAAAAAGAUCGAACAAAUAAUCUCAGUGUUCAAGACAUUUGAAUCUCUUGGAAAGUCAAAGAUCGAAGGCAUCGAGAUUCUUGCCAGACAAUUCCUGACUGUGUCCUCGAAUUUGAAAAGAAAGCAGUAUGACAUAUUGUCUCCAAAGAUGACUGAAUUUGACGGCGAUUUUGUCAAGUUUAUAAAUGAAAUCAGCCUCAUUGAGAACAAACUCCAGGUAUUCAUGAAUGCAUGCUUCUCAAAAAUCUACUCAUCGCAGCAAGCUCUGGCACUUCUACAGCGAUUUCAGAAGCUGAAGCUUUCUUGUCUGGACACACAAAUUUUCAACAUUUUGCAUAAUGUUCUCCAGUGCUAUAUCACAGAAGUGGAUAAUAUCACAAAGCUCUUUGACAAGGAGCAGAGGGAUCCUCCGAUUGCUAGAAACAUUCCUCCAGUGGCUGGCAGAAUUGGUUGGGCCAGGCACCUUUUUAAAAGGAUUCACGAACCCAUUUUUUUCAUAAAAGAAAACUCAGAUGUUCUGGCAAGUGCCGAUGGGAAGAAAGUGCUCAGGCUGUACAAUCAAACUGCAGCCUUACUGGUGGAGUUUGAAUGUAUCCAAUACCAGACAUGGAAGGAUGAUGUUUCCAAACUAGAUCACAUCCUAAAUCAUACUCUGCUGGUGCGUCACCCUAAGACCAGAAAGUUUUUGGUUAACUUUGAUCCAAAAAUAACUGAGGUCAUUUGGGAAACAAAGUGUUUGUUAAGCAUGGGUCUAGAGGUUCCAAAGCAGGCGUUAGCUCUUCUCAAUAUGGAAAGGAAGUUACAGGACAGUCACCUAAGGCUUAAGACCAUUUUGGAAGAGUAUGAAUCCACCUGUGUCAGCAUUCGGGAUGACUUGAGCAGCUUGCUUGCUUCAAAAGUUAAAAAUGUUGAAGUUGCCCUUCGCUUUGGCUCACUGCUGGUGACGUGGCCAUCCUUCCUCCUGGACAAGUUCAUUGAUGAUGUUGAGACUGCUUUGACUGAGCUCAAACACGUUGUAAAUAAGGCACAACAUAUUUGUAAGAUGCACAUUGAUGCUGUCCUGAAGGAAAUCUCAGAGACGCCGGUGAUUGACCUUCCAGAUGAUUACUCGUUGUCCCUGCCGGAUCUCAUUGCUCUUAAUAAGAACUUUAGUCUUGAGUGGGCAGGCAAAUUGAAUACCAGAUUUGCUCAGGUUAAGUGUGCAAUCAAAGAGCUAGGAAUUGUAUUGAGGGGCACUGAUGAAAACAAAGGCCAAGACACAUCAGUCAACUUCCAAAGAGAGUUCAAGAAGCUUUACGAAAUCUUCAGUACAAAAGUGUUUGAAACUCUACUCAAGACAAUUAGGGGAUCCCUGGAUAUCCUUAAAAAGAGAAUUUGUGGCGUAGGUACUUACCAGAAGUGGAGGUCUGGAUCAAGGGUGGAUGUGAUGAUCAAAGCUGAAGCCCAACUUCACACCUCCAAAGUGGUAAUGAUUCCCAGCAUAGAUGAGAUCCAAUGCGGUAUAAAUCAACUCUCUGAUGCUGUGGUGGAAAUCAGCAAAGGAAUAGCAUGGGAUAGGGAGUUUAGCUGGGAAUACUCUGAGGCAAAAGAAAAUUUCUAUUCUUUGGUUCUUGAGCAUAAGGAGGUUAGAAAGAUUAUUGCUGUUCUAAAAACUGCCAUCACUACCCAAAAGUCAUUAACAGCUGAGGCUCUGAAGAAGUUCAGUCAAUUCCAGAUGCUAUGGGACGUGGACAAGAACCUGAAAGUCAAGGAAUUUAUGGACAAGAAGCCAUCUUUGGUCCAGAUAAAGUCUGAAAUCCAGCACUAUGACUCAGUGGAGGAGGAAAUUAUAGCUGUCCAACCUUUCAUUCAUGUUGAGUGCAUUGAGCUGUCAACAGGCUCUCUUAAGAAGACCUUGAUAGCCGAGACCAAAGCCUGGAAAACACUGAUUUGUAAAUACCUGAAGGAGAAGUACAAGAAGAAAAAGAUUGACGUCGCCAUAGCAAUAAACCGAUAUGGCGCACAGCUGUCAAAACCUGUGGCGGAUCUGGAAGGUGCGCGUCAGGCAAUGGCUACCCUGUCAAAGCUUCGUGAGGAAGAAAUACACAUUGAUAUGACACUGACUAACAUCAAGGAAGCUUAUGAAAUUUUGACCAAAAGCAAAGCAGAGAUAACCAAAAAAGAAGUUGAGGGGGUGUACGUCCUGAAGACUUUCUUCACAGAACUUCAGGCUAAAGCUAGGUCAAUCCAGGAAGUGCUUAUCAUUAUGCAACCCAACUUCAAAGAAGACCUUCUGGAAUGUGUCACUGUUUUCAAGCAAGAUGUCAACUCUUACAUGGUAGAAUUUGAUCGUGACGGUCCUUUGGUGCAAGGAAUUGCUCCACAAAUGGCUAGCCAGCGGCUCCAAGAAUUUCAGGCAAGAUUUGAAGAACUAUGGAAAAAUUUCACCACCUAUACUUCUGCAGAGCAGCUCCUUGGCUUGCCAGUUACACAAUAUGAAAGCCUGCUUCUCAAAAAGAAAGAGCUUGAUCUGCUUCAAAAACUGUACGGCCUGUAUGAUGCGGUGAUGAGCAAAAUUGAUGGAUACUACAAAAUUCUGUGGACAUGUUUGGAUAUUGAGAAGAUCAACGCAGAGCUUUUGGAAUUCCAAAAUAGGUGUCGGAAGCUCCCCAAAGCCCUGAAGGAAUGGCAGGCCUUCGAUGACCUAAAGAAAACCAUUGAUGAUUUCAAUGAGUCAUGUCCUCUGCUUGAAAUGAUGGCUAACAAAUCUAUGAACCGCAGACACUGGGAUCGGAUCACAACUUUGACCGGACACGAGUUUGAAAUAGAGUCUGAGUCUUUUACCCUGCAGAACAUCAUGGAGGCCCCUCUUUUGACCUACAAGGAUGAUAUUGAGGAUAUCUGCAUAUCAGCUGUAAAGGAAAAGGAUAUUGAGGCCAAGCUGAUACAAGUGAAAGAGCUGUGGGCUGUUCAGAACCUAUGCCUAAUGAAUUUCAAGAGUAGAGGAGAGCUAAUGCUGAGAGGAACAGAGACGACAGAGAUUCUUACCAUCCUGGAGGACAGUCUGAUGGUGCUUGGUUCACUGCUGAGCAAUAGGUAUAGCGCCUACUACAAAGGAGAGAUCCAGGACUGGGUCUCAAAGCUUUCAACAUCUUCGGAAAUUAUUGAACUAUGGAUGAUUGUGCAAAACCUGUGGAUCUAUUUGGAAGCUGUGUUUGUAGGGGGUGACAUCGCCAAAGACCUGCCACAGGAGGCAAAACGAUUCCAAGAUAUUGAUAAGGCAUGGCUUCAGGUCAUGAAGCGAGCUCAGACUUAUCCAAACGUGGUGGAGUGCUGCGUGGGGGAUCCUACUCUGGGAAAGCUCCUGCCAGACCUCCAGAAACAGCUAGAGCUCUGUCAGAAAUCUCUUGCUGGUUACCUGGAGAAAAAGAGGCUCCUGUUCCCACGGUUCUUCUUUGUGUCUGACCCGUCUCUUUUGGAAAUUCUUGGACAAGCCAGUGAUUCUCACACAAUACAGGCACAUCUUCUUGGAGUUUUUGACAACGUCAAUGAAGUUGAAUUUGAUGCGUCAGAGUACGAUAAGAUUUUGACUGUUAUCUCACAGGAGGGGGAAAGAUUACCACUGGACAAUACUGUCAUGGCUCAGGGCGCAGUGGAACUGUGGCUUGGCGCGCUGCUACAGGAACAGCAGGCCUCAUUGCACUCUGUCAUCAGAUCCUCUGACUGGGAGAUAAAUGAUGAGGAGUUUGAUCUGCUUACUUUUCUCGAUAACUUCCAAGCACAGGUUGGCCUUCUUGGAAUCCAGAUGAUUUGGACAAGAGAUUCAGAAGAAGCCCUACUAACCGCUGAAGUUGACAAGGAGAUCAUGGCCUUUAUGAAGAACAAAUUUCUUGAACUGCUCUCUGUGCUAAUUAAACAAACCACACGUAACCUCAGCAAAUUUGAUCGGGUCAAGUACGAGACUCUGGUCACAAUUCAUGUACACCAAAGUGACAUUUUUAAUGACUUGGUAAAGAAGCGCAUACGAUGUAUCAACGAUUUCGAAUGGCUCAAGCAGAGCAGAUUUUACUUCAAGGAGGACAUAGACAAAGUCAUUGUGUCAAUAACCAACGUUGACUUUACUUAUCAGAAUGAGUUUCUCGGCUGUACAGAUCGUCUGGUCAUCACCCCUUUAACUGACAGGUGUUACAUCACAUUGGCCCAGGCUUUAGGCAUGAGCAUGGGGGGAGCCCCUGCUGGUCCAGCUGGCACUGGUAAAACUGAAACUACAAAAGACAUGGGUCGCUGCCUGGGCAAGUACGUUGUGGUUUUCAACUGCUCAGAUCAGAUGGACUUCAGAGGACUUGGCAGAAUAUAUAAAGGCCUUGCACAGUCAGGUUCCUGGGGCUGCUUCGAUGAGUUCAACAGAAUUGACCUGCCAGUCCUUUCUGUUGCUGCUCAACAGAUCUCUAUUGUUUUGACGGCACGCAAGAAACACAAAACCUCCUUUAUUUUUACUGACGGAGACUGUGUGGAUCUGAAUCCAGAGUUUGGGUUGUUUAUUACUAUGAACCCUGGAUAUGCAGGUCGUCAGGAACUUCCUGAAAACCUCAAGGUGCAGUUCAGGACUGUGUCCAUGAUGGUGCCAGACAGGCAGAUCAUCAUGAGAGUAAAACUAGCCAGCUGUGGGUUCAACGACAAUGUUAUUUUAGCUCAAAAAUUCUUUGUUCUUUACAAACUGUGUGAGGAACAGCUUACGAAACAGGUCCAUUAUGACUUUGGACUAAGGAAUAUCUUGUCUGUGUUAAGAACACUUGGGGCUAGUAAAAGAGCUCGUCCUGAUGACACAGAGUCCAGCAUUGUGAUGAGGGUACUGCGUGACAUGAAUCUCUCCAAACUGGUGGAUGAGGAUGAGCCCCUCUUUCUUAGUCUUAUCAAUGACCUGUUCCCUGGUAUCCAACUGGAUUCAAGUACAUAUGUAGAACUCCAAGCUGCUGUUUCCCAUCAAGUGGAGCUAGCAGGUCUUGUCAACCACCCACCUUGGAAUCUUAAGCUUGUCCAGCUGUAUGAGACGGCACAGGUGCGCCAUGGACUGAUGACUUUAGGCCCAAGUGGAGCUGGGAAGACCGCAUCUAUCAACAUGCUCCAGAGGUCAUUGAGUGAAUGUGGAAUCCCACACAAAGAGAUGCGCAUGAACCCCAAGGCAAUCACUGCUCCCCAGAUGUUUGGCCGCCUGGAUGCAGCCACCAAUGACUGGACAGAUGGAAUCUUUUCAACGCUAUGGAGGAGAUCGCUCAAAGCCAAAAAGGGAGAAGCCAUAUGGAUUGUCUUAGAUGGCCCUGUGGAUGCCAUAUGGAUUGAGAACCUGAACUCUGUGCUGGACGAUAACAAAACUCUGACCCUCGCUAAUGGAGACCGCAUAGUGAUGUCACCAACGUGCAAGCUGGUGUUUGAGGUGCACAACAUGGAUAAUGCCUCUCCUGCCACCGUCUCCCGGGUCGGUAUGGUGUUCAUGAGCUCCUCUGCUCUCAGCUGGGAACCAAUACUCCAGGGGUGGGCCAAAAAACGCAGCGCAAGCGAAGCACAAAGCAUUUUGAGUUUAUAUGACAAAAUAUUUGCUGACCUUUACUUGUUCAUGAAGCAAAGUCUUAAACCUAAAAUGGACCUUUUGGAGUGCAACUAUAUCAUGCAGUCGGUUAACCUACUGGAAGGUUUUCUGCCAGCCAAGGAAGUACCCGGCUUUGCCGGAAGCAAGCACCUUGAGCGCAUCUUUGUCUUUUGUUUGAUGUGGAGCGUUGGAGCCAUUUUGGAAUUAGAUGGCAGGGACAAACUAGAAGAGUACAUGAGAGCUCAUGAAAGCAAGAUUGAUUUGCCUAAGACAAAGGAAGGAGAGACUAUAUUUGAGUACAUGGUCGACAAUAACGGAGAAUGGUGUCACUGGAACAAUCACGUUGGGGAGUACAUCUAUCCAACUGACGACGUGCCCGACUACACUUCCAUUCUCGUGCCAAAUGUGGACAACACAAGAACCUCGUUCUUGCUAGAAACUAUUGCAAAGCAACGCAAGGCUGUUCUGCUCAUUGGGGAGCAAGGCACAGCUAAGACAGUGAUGAUCAAAGCCUAUGCAAAGAAGUUUGAUCCUGAGAUAGACCUCUUCAAAUCGCUGAAUUUCUCCUCUGCCACUGAGCCCAUAAUGUUUCAGCGAACAAUUGAAAGCUACAUUGAGAAACGAAUUGGCAGCACCUACGGGCCACCAGGCGGACGACGAAUGACUGUUUUCGUUGACGACAUAAACAUGCCUGUUGUCAACAAAUGGGGAGAUCAGAUCACCAACGAGAUUGUGCGCCAGAUGAUGGAAAUGAGUGGCAUGUACAAUCUUGACAAACCUGGAGAUUUCACGAUUGUUGAAGAUGUACAGAUACUGGCUGCCAUGAUUCAUCCUGGUGGUGGAAGAAACGACAUCCCAGAAAGACUGAAAAGGCAGUUUACAAUCUUUAACUGCACUCUGCCAUCCAAUAACUCCAUCGACAAGAUCUUCGGUAUAAUUGGCUGCGGAUAUUUCCAUGAAUGCAGGCAUUUCAAACAAAGUGUAACAGAGAUGGUCAAACGUCUAGUACCUGCUGGACGGAUUCUCUGGCAGUGGACAAAGAUUAAAAUGCUCCCCACACCAUCGAAGUUCCACUACAUCUUCAAUCUGAGGGAUUUGUCCAGAAUUUGGCAAGGAAUGUUAAACGUCAAAGCACCGGAGUGUUACAACAUCCCCACACUGUUGGCUCUUUUUAAGAGUGAAUGUACAAGGGUGAUAGCAGACAGGUUUAUUAACGAGAAAGACAAAGAGUGGUUUGAGGAGAAAUUAUGUCGUGCGAUCCAAGACAUUGAUUCGAAUCUUAUGAAUGGACUUCAUCACGAGCCAUAUUUUGUGGACUUCCUCCGCGAUGCACCUGAACCGACAGGAGAAGAAGACGAGGAUGCCACUUUUGAGGCACCUAAAAUUUAUGAACUGGUCCCAGAUUUUGACUUCUUAUCAGACAAGCUGAAGAUGUAUCAGGCUCAGCACAAUGAGAUCAUUAAAGGCAUGAACCUUGAUCUGGUUUUCUUCAAAGAUGCAAUGACUCACCUUGUCAAGGUUUCACGAAUUAUUCGCACCGACAACGGAAAUGCUCUGCUUGUGGGUGUUGGAGGAUCCGGGAAACAAAGUCUUGCUCGGCUGGGUUCAUUCAUAGCUGGAUACAGCGUCUUCCAGAUCACGCUGACCAGAUCGUACAACAUGAAUAAUUUCAACGACGACCUCAAACUGUUGUACAAAGUAGCUGGAGGUGAGGGCAAAGGCAUCACCUUCAUUUUCACCGACAAUGAAAUCAAAGAUGAAGCCUUCCUCGAACACCUGAACAAUGUGCUUUCUUCAGGAGAGGUCUCCAAUCUUUUUGCAAAAGAUGAGAUUCAAGAGAUCACCCAAAACCUCGUUGGAAUCAUGAAAAGGGAGUUUCCUCGCACCCCACCAACCUUUGACAACCUUUAUGAGUACUUUAUAGCGCGGGCGAAAAAGAAUCUGCAUGUUGUUCUUUGCUUCUCACCAGUGGGACAGAAGUUUCGGUCCAGGUGUCAGAAGUUUCCAGGCUUGAUAUCUGGCUGUACAAUGGACUGGUACAGCCCUUGGCCCAGUGAGGCCCUGGUAGCUGUAUCCACCUAUUUGCUGUCAGAGUUCCCAAUGGUCUGUUCUCCUACAGUCAAGACUGCAAUGAUGGCCACCAUGGGAACUUACCACGACAGAGUAUCUUCUGCUUGUGAAAGUUACUUUGAAAGCUUCCGCAGAAGAACUCACGUGACCCCAAAGUCUUACCUCUCUUUCAUAAAUGGUUAUAAAUCGUUGUAUUAUGAAAAGCACGAAUUCAUCAACACUCUGGCAGAGCGCAUGAAUGUUGGUUUAGGAAAACUGAAGGAGGCCAGUGAGUCUGUGGCUCAACUAUCAAAAGAUCUUGAAGUGAAGGAAAAAGAGCUGGCUAUAGCAUCUAUCAGAGCAGAUGAGGUGUUAGCAGAGGUGACAGUUAGUGCUGAAGCAGCUACCAAAGUGAAGAAUGAGGUCCAGGUUGUGAGAGAUAGAGCCCAGAGACUUGUGGAUGGAAUUGAGAAGGAGAAAGCCGUAGCGGAGGGCAAACUGGAGGCAGCCAGGCCAGCUUUGGAAGAAGCAACAGCUGCACUGAAUACCAUCAAACCAGCUGACAUUGCUACAGUGAGAAAGCUUGCUAAGCCUCCUCAUUUGAUCAUGAGGAUUAUGGACUGUGUCCUGAUUUUAUUCACCAAAAAGUUAGACACGGUUACUGUUGAUCCUGAACGGCGCUGCAUAAAGCCCUCCUGGAUAGAAGCAAUGAAGCUCCUGAGUAGUCCUGGGUUCUUGACCUCCCUUCAGCAAUUCCCCAAGGACCAAAUUAACGAUGAAACAGUCGAACUGCUUCAACCAUACUUUGAAAUGGAGGACUACACUAUGGAGUGUGCCAUGAAAGCAUGCGGCAACGUGGCUGGUCUGCUCGCAUGGACACGUGCCAUGGCCUCGUUCUUCUCCAUUAACAAAGAAGUUUUGCCACUCAAGGCCAACCUGGCCAUUCAAGAGAACCGCCUGAACAUAGCUAAUAACGAGCUACACAACGCUGAGGCCACGCUAGCUGAAAAGCAAGCAGAGUUUGAUAAAGUGAAGGCUAAAUGCGAUGCUGCCAUGAAGGAGAAACAGGACCUGUUGGAUGACGCAGAGAUGUGUAGGAAUAAAAUGCAGGCUGCAUCUGCCUUGAUAGACGGACUUAGUGGAGAGAAGGUCCGCUGGACAGAGCAGAGCAAAGAGUUUAAAUCUCAAAUAAACAGACUUGUUGGGGAUGUGCUCCAGCUUACUGGCUUCCUUUCAUACUGCGGCCCAUUCAAUCAAAGUUACCGCGACAAGUUGCUGAAGGACUGGCAAGCAGAGCUCCUGAAUGACAAAAUUCCCUUCUCAGAAAAUCUCAACAUUAUCUCUGCCCUGGUGGAUCCUCCGACUGUAAGCGAGUGGAACCUCCAGGGACUUCCAGGAGACGACUUGUCCGUUCAGAAUGGCAUUGUUGUCACCAAAGCAACGAGAUAUCCUCUCCUUAUAGAUCCCCAGACACAAGGCAGGGCAUGGAUUAAAACAAAAGAAGCGGAAAAUGAGCUUCAAGUCACAUCCCUCAAUCACAAGUUCUUCCGUACACAUUUGGAAGAUUGUCUUUCUUUGGGGCGACCGCUGCUCAUUGCAGAUAUAUUUGAAGAGCUUGACCCAGCGCUGGAUAAUGUGCUUGAAAAAAACUUCAUUAAAUCUGGGACCAGUUUUAAGGUUAAAGUCGGAGACAAAGAGAUAUGUAUAAUGGACAGUUUCCGGCUGUAUAUAACCACCAAACUGCCUAACCCAGCAUACACCCCAGAAGUCAGUGCCAGGACGUCUAUCAUUGAUUUCACAGUCAACAUGAAAGGUCUGGAGAACCAGCUGCUGGGGCGAGUCAUCCUCAAGGAGAAACAAGAACUAGAAGCAGAAAGAUUGAAGCUAAUGGAGGACGUAACUGCCAAUAAGAGAAGGAUGCAGGAACUGGAAGACAACCUGCUGUACAAACUCAGCUCCACUAAAGGUUCCCUGGUUGAUGAUGAGUCCAUGAUUGGCAUCCUGCGAACAACUAAGCAAACUGCUGCUAAAGUUAGUGAAAAGUUAAGUGUGGCGGCAGAAGCUGAGGCAAAAAUCAAUUUGGCUCAGGCGGAAUAUCGUCCCGUUGCCUCUCGCGGCAGCAUUCUUUACUUCCUCAUCACAGAAAUGAGCAUGGUCAAUGUCAUGUACCAGACCUCCCUGGGUCAGUUCCUCAAAGUAUUCGAUAUAUCCCUUGAAAGGUCUGAAAAGUCCUCCAAAACCCAAACUCGAAUUGCAAACAUCAUUGAAUAUUUGACUUUUGAGGUGUUCAAAUACACAAUCAGAGGCCUUUAUGAAAACCACAAGUUUGUCUUCACGCUCUUGUUGGCCCUGAAGAUUGACUUGCAGAAUAACAAAAUCGAACACAGCAAGUUUCAGAUACUGAUUAAAGGUGGUGCAGCUCUAGACUUAAAGACCUGUCCUCCGAAGCCAUUUAAGUGGAUACUGGAUAUGGUGUGGCUGAACUUGGUGGAACUCAGCAAACUGACACAGUUUGCUAAUAUCCUAACCCAGGUUUCCCAAAGUGAGAAAAGCUGGAAACAUUGGCUAAAUCUUGAUGCCCCAGAGGAAGGUUUCAUUCCUGAUGGAUACAACUUUGUCGACGUCUUUCACAAACUUUUGCUGAUAAGAUCUUGGUGCCCUGAUCGAACCUUGUCUCAAGCCAUGAAAUACGUAGAAGACUCAAUGGGCGCCAGAUUUGCCGAACCUGUGAUCUUGAAUCUUCAUGGCACAUGGGAGGAAAGUGACACUCGCACGCCCCUAAUUUGCUUCCUCUCUAUGGGCUCCGAUCCCACCGAUCAAAUUGAAGCCCUUGCCAAAAGACUUGAACUUGACUGCAGAGCAAUAUCAAUGGGACAAGGACAAGAGGUCCACGCAAGGAAGCUUAUCAAGACAUCAAUGACGGAGGGAGGCUGGGUCCUUCUGCAAAAUUGUCACCUGGGGUUAGAGUUCAUGGAUGAGCUGCUUGAAACGGUCACAGUAACGGAGGACGUGCAUGAGACUUUCAGAGUGUGGAUCACCACAGAACCACACAAUAAGUUCUCUAUUACACUCCUGCAGUCUUCUAUCAAGUUUACCAACGAUCCCCCACAGGGAAUACGUGCUGGCUUGAAACGAACAUUUGCAGGAAUCUCACAGCACCAGCUGGAAGCGAGCAACCUGCCCAUGUGGAAGCCCUUGCUGUACGGUGUGGCCUUCCUUCAUACUGCUGUGCAGGAACGCCGCAAAUUUGGGCCUUUGGGUUGGAACAUACCUUACGAGUUCAACUCGGCUGAUUUCUCUGCAAGUGUGGAGUUUGUUGAGAGACACUUGGAUGAUUGUGGGCCCAAGCAGGAUGUUUCAUGGGUAACGGUGCGAUACAUGCUAGCUGAAGUGCAAUACGGAGGAAGGGUCACAGACGACUACGAUAAACGCCUGCUGAAGUGUUUUGCUCGAGUGUGGUUCAGUAAGAAGAUGCUAGACCCAUUAUUUGUCUUCUACACGGGCUACAGAAUUCCUGUUUGUGAGACAGUUGAGGAGUACAUGCACUACAUCCAGAGCUUGCCUCCUAUUGAUGCACCCGAAGCGUUGGGCCUGCAUUCUAAUGCCGAUAUCACAUAUCAGGCAAACACGUCCGCUGAAGUGUUGGACACGAUCACCAAUAUUCAGCCAAAGGAAAGCGGAGGAGGCUCAGGUGCAACUCGAGAGUCCAUUGUUUACCACUUGGCAGAAGACAUGUUGGAGAAAUUGCCUGUCGAUUAUGUGCCACAUGAGGUCAAAGCCAGGUUGCAGAAGAUGGGCGCUCUAAACCCGAUGAUUAUCUUCCUGCGUCAGGAAGUGGAUCGAAUGCAGAAAAUAAUCACUGUGGUGCGCACUAGUCUGAUGGACCUGAAGUUGGCUAUAGACGGCACUAUAAUUAUGAGCGAUAACCUCCGUGACGCCUUGGACAACAUCUUUGAUGCCCGUGUUCCCAGCCUGUGGAAGAACAUGUCCUGGGAGUCUUCCACUUUGGGCUUUUGGUUCACUGAACUUCUUGAGAGAAACAAGCAGUUCGACAGCUGGGUGUCUGAAGGCAGACCAAAAACCUUCUGGAUGACUGGGUUCUUUAAUCCACAGGGUUUUCUCACAGCCAUGAGGCAAGAAGUAACCAGGGCCAACAAAGGCUGGGCUUUGGACACCGUCACACUUAACAACAAAGUUUUGAAAAAGGCAAGGGAUGAAAUCACUGGCCCACCGACGGAGGGAGUUUACGUCCACGGUUUGUACCUGGAAGGUGCCGGCUGGAACAGAAAGAACAUCCAUCUUAGUGAGCCCUCGCCCAAAGUGUUGUUCACGCCCAUGCCCGUGAUCCACAUGUUUGCCAUCAGGUCCACUUCGCCCCUUGACCCUAAGCUUUACAGCUGUCCAAUCUACAAGAAAUCAAGACGAACAGACCAGAACUACAUCACAGCAGUGGCGUUGCCGACCAUCCUGUCACCAGAUCACUGGAUCAUGCGCGGGGUCGCUCUGCUCUGCGACAUUACAUAAGCAUAGGCUGCGUCAUGCCUUCUAGGUGUUCAGUAACUACGUGCCGAUUCACAUUUGUCUCUCAGACAAUGCUGGAUACCUU